GUUCCUCUUAACAACAAGAUCGCCAGCCUAGGCAGGGCCGUGGUCCAGCAAUGUAACCUCAUUGGUUAGCGAAUCAUAUCCCUAGCGGUGAUAAGAUGGACAGGGGGCUGCCUGAAUGGGCCUGAACGAAUCUCAACUUGAACCCUCGUAAGUUUCGUCUUGUUUAUCAACCCCUCUUCCCACACUUCUUCAGUAAGUAUUCAUAUACACAUAUGCCAAUUCCGUGAGAUCCUCGUCGCGAUAGCUUAGGAUAGCUUAGGUAGCUACCGCAUCCAUGGCCGACUCUCGAACACUGCGCAUCGUUACCGUCGCUACUUUCUUGCCUGCGUUUGCCCUCUGUGUCGCGCACGGCGUCGUCUCAGGCAGCCCCGCCCCCGCGGUCGGCCUGGUACCGCUCGCCUUCUCAGCCGGCGCAGGUAUUUUUCUAAAUUCGCGGCAGUCUAAGAGUAAGCAGACACCGUCAGAACCAGAGCCGGAACUGGGGCAAGGGGGUACCGAGGAGAGUGCUCUAGAACAGGAAUAUGAACGAGGACCAGAGACGGAAGACACGCAGCAGAGCCGAGAGACAUCUGAUGCACCCACUCCAGCUCCAGCACCGAAAUCGACUUCGAUCCACCCAAUCCUCACUUUCGCCGUCGAUACGAUCCUUGCUGCAGCACUCAUGGUAGUUUUAGUGUUCACAUGGAUUGAUUCCAGCGGCAGCAGCUCUAACAGUGCCGAAUCGGCCAUGCUGGCCGCAUACGCGACAAUCCCACUACUAAUUAAUUUUUUGAUCCAUCUCUUCCUAGCGGUACGCGAAUUCUCUCGCGGCCUCGCAAUCCCGGGGCUGACGCAAUACCUCGCGUGGCAGGCUGUUCCGCCCGAUUGUCCCAACUGCGGACACCAGCUACGACCAGAUGCUCCUCCUAGAAUGCCGUGGCUCGAAGAGGCGUCGCUGCCGAGGCCGAAUCUUAAGAUCAAGAGUGUAAAGUGGAAGUUACCAGCAAUCCCGAAGGUGAAGGCGCCGGAAUGGAAGACGCCGGCUUGGUUCAGGAAUCGUGGCGCACGCGGGUAUGCGCCCUUAUUUGUUUCUACCGAUCGCGAUGACGAGGAAGAGACUACUGCACCGAUUGCCCCGUACAGAGACGACCCCGAAGUGGGCGAGCCGUCUACUCGGCUUGAGGACCCCGAGACGCCGGAGCCCGAAGUGAUUCCGGAGCCCGAAGUGAUUGAUAUCGUGGGUAAGAAGAGCAAGAGGCUGGGGAGAAAUUCCUCGUCGUCGCCCUCGGUCUAAAGGGAAAAGAGGCCCCCUUAAUUCAUCCUGGUGUCAAGAUUGUCUGUGUUACUCCUUGUACAGCUUCUUUCCCGAUUUGUUUUUCACUUUCAUGUUUCAUGGCUGUGCGUCGAUUUUCUACGAAUGACAUUACCAAAACGGCGAAAGGAAAGCAUGAUACCCCUUAUGAUUGAAAGCUACCUAGGUGCUUAUGGGCGUUCACAUUGAAGAGUUUGGUAAUUUCCAAUGCUUUAAUUGAAAAUUUUAGAUAGCAUGAGUGGCCUACGAGCUAGAAUACUCGAAAUAGUGCCACUAGAGUAAACUACGCGAUUUAAUCUCAUAAUUGAUGAAAGACGGUGUCAUCAGAGAUGAGAGCAAAUAUAGUUUAUGAGUAGCUUUUC